UUAACUUUGACAAAUCUAAUAAUCAUCAAACAGUGUUUCAAUGUCCUUUCCUUAAAUUCCAUCACACACUGACAAAAACACAACACUCACAGUUGAUGGACGAAAACUCAAGCAAUUGAAUCAACUUCCUCAUCGCUUUAUACUCCAAUCACAGAUUUUGAAAGAGUUAGAGACAAUGAACAAAGAUACAAGUAACUGUAUGAAUGAUGGUAGUGGUAGCAGUAAUGAAUCUAGUGGAAGUGGAAUGGAUGGAGAAGGAGCAAGUUAUCUUGUUCAUGAAAUUGCACAGAUCACAAAACUUAGGUCAAGUCCACAUGAGAAUUUGAGUCGGGUUGUUCCUGGUAUGGGGAAAUUACCUGCAUCAACUGUAAGAAUGUUGGUAGGCAGAGAAGGUAAUUUUUCUGGAAGAGGGAAAUUUUCAGCAGCUGAUCGGUGUCAUAUGUCGAGCCGCUAUUUGCCUACCAAAGGUCCUUGGAUUGUCGAUCGGAUGGGAAGUCGUGCUUAUGUUUCGCAGUUUUCAGAUGAUGGUUCUCUUUUUAUAGCUGGAUUUCAGGGAAGCCACAUCAGAAUCUAUGAUGUUGACAAGGACUGGAAAGUUAAGAAAGACAUCUCUGCUAGAAACUUACGGUGGACAAUUACUGAUACAUCUCUCUCACCUGAUCGACAAUAUCUUGUUUAUGCUAGCAUGUCACCAAUUAUCCAUAUUGUCAAUGCAGGAUCGGCUACAACAGAGUCAGUAGCAAAUGUGACAGAAGUUCAUGAUGGAUUAAAUUUCUCUUCUGAUAAUGAUAAUGAUGAAUUUGGGAUUUUCUCUAUCAAAUUUUCAACGGAUGGGCGAGAGCUUGUGUCUGGAACUAGUGAAAGUUCAAUAUGUGUGUAUGAUCUUGGAGCAGACAAACUUAGCCUCAGAAUUCCUGCUCACCUGUCUGAUGUUAACACCGUCUGCUUUGCUGAUGAAUCUGGUCAUCUCAUAUAUUCUGGAAGUGAUGAUAGUUUCUGCAAGGUGUGGGAUAGGCGUUGCUUUGUCGCAAAAGGACAACCUGCUGGCAUCUUAAUGGGGCAUUUAGAAGGCAUUACAUUCAUUAAUAGUCGCGGGGAUGGCCGCUAUUUAAUUUCUAAUGGAAAAGACCAAACUACCAAGCUAUGGGACAUAAGGAAGAUGUCUUCUAAUGCCAUGAAUCUGGGCCUUGGAGAUGACGAGUGGGACUACCGGUGGAUGGACUAUCCUAAAUAUGCAAGAAAUUUAAGGCAUCCCCAGGACCAGUCAUUGGCAACAUAUCAAGGCCACUCCGUGUUGCGUACUCUAGUUCGGUGUUAUUUCUCACCAUCAUAUAGCACUGGUCAAAAAUACAUUUACACUGGAUCUAGUGAUGGCUCUGUCUAUAUAUAUGACCUGGUGAGUGGAGAACAAGUUGCGAAACUUGAUCAUCAUGAAGCACCUUUAAGAGAUUGCAGCUGGCAUCCUUUCUAUCCAAUGCUGAUAUCUUCAGCUUGGGAUGGUGACAUUGUUAGGUGGGAAUUUCCUGGAAAUGGUCAACCUCCUGCUCCUCCUCCAAAUAGAAGAUCCACUGGAGUUCGUAUUAGAGCUGAACGGGAGAUGUUGCUGGAGUUUCGCUCAAUGCUACGACUUCGCACCAUGGUAAUUUACCCAGCCAUGAUUAUUGAGUGCAUGUGCUUUAAUGAGAAUAAAAUCUAUUUUAAUAAUAAGUUUUAUACGUGAGAUAUUUGCAUUGAGGAUCGUUAUUGGUGUUGGACUUGGACAUCACAAAUUGUGUUUGAACAAAAUGUUGUUUUAGUUAUCACCAAGUUUGAUGCAUGCAUUAUACUUCCAGAAAAAUGGAUGAGAUAAUUUAUCGAACUGAGUAUUGCUUCAAAGAUUGGUUGCAUCCAGAAUCUAUCAAAAUGAUUGAGAGAAUUUAUCA